UCAUUCACAGGAACAGGCGAGAAAGAUGGAGGUGGAGUGCCUGGCUUUGAAAGACCUCACCAGUCCGAGGAAAAGUGUCACCGUGAGACAGGAAGAGGACGUGAGCAAAAAUGAUCAGAAGGAAAACAUCUGCACAGAGAGGAGAAGGUCGACUCCGCUGAAAACAGAGUCCCCCGCCCCCGUCUGGCUGCUCGGCAGGAAACCGGCCACCCCCGACCUCACCCACAUCACCCCCAUCAAACACACGGAGUGGUCGGCCCUGCCGGAGCCGUGGACGCCCACGGCCAACCUGAAGGUGCUGAUCAGCGCCGCGAGUCCGGACAUCCGGGAUCGAGAGAUGAAGAAGGUUUUGUUCAGGCCCAUAGAGAACGAGAGGGAGAAGCGGGCGAGUCCGAACCCGGCGGAGGACACCGAGGUGGAGGAUUCUUGUCAGUUCGACGCCGCGGAGGAGGAGGACGACACCGAGAGGAAGCCCAGCAGGAAGCAGAAGAGUCUGGGUCUGCUGUGCAAGAAGUUCCUGGCUCUGUACCCGGACUACCCGCCGGCCCACGAGCCCAUCUGGAUCUCAUUGGACGAGGUGGCCACCAGUCUGGGGGUGGAGCGGCGGCGGAUCUACGACAUCGUCAACGUGCUCGAGUCUCUGAUGAUCGUGGGCCGGAUCGCCAAGAACUGCUACCACUGGUACGGCCGGCAGCGUCUGGCCGCCACGCUGGAGGAGCUGCAGCGGAAAGGCCGGCAGCAGGGCUACCACCUGCUGAUGGAGCAGGCCGCCGAGGCCCGGGGGGCGGGGCCAGGCCGUGAGGAGGGAGACGCCUGCAACGCUGCCGGCAACAGGAAGGACAAGUCGCUCCGCAUCAUGAGCCAGAAGUUCGUCAUGCUCUUCCUGGUGUCCCACACGCAGACCGUCACUCUGGACGUGGCGGCCAAGAUCCUCAUCGAGGAGAGCCAGGACUCGUCGAGCCACAGCAAGUACAAAACUAAGGUACGGCGUCUGUACGACAUCGCCAACGUGCUGACCAGCCUGAGCCUCAUCAAGAAGGUUCACGUGCGCGAGGAGAGAGGGAGGAAGCCGGCCUUCCAGUGGCUCGGCCCCGUCCACUUCAACAACGCCGCUGGAAACGACGGUGAGAAUGAAAGAGCCGCGACCCAGCCGGCGGCCGUCCAGAACGUCAGGAAUCCCAAACUGGCGCGCCACGCCUCCUUCAGCGUCACGCCGACGUCCGUGGCCAUCCUCCGGCGGCCGGUCAGCUCCGCCCCCAGCAGCCCGCACACACACCGAGAGCAGACAGGUCUGACACACCAACCUGUGGAUUAUUCCAGAAAGAUGAGCGGCAACAGCGCAGUGUGUCGACUGCAGUUCGGAAACACCACAGAUGACCGUCCCGGCAGAGCGCUGCAGACGCCCGCCCUGCCUCCGUCCUCCAGUGUGCCCACCCUGCUGGUGCCGCCGCCGCCGCACCCCGAGGACGCCUCCGCCUUCACCUCUUCCUCCCCCCAACACCACCACCUGGCCUACCUGCCCAGCCUGUCCCAGCCCUCCCUGGUCAUGCUGUACAGGGCGCCCGCCGUCGCCCCGGAGAGGCCGGACCAGACCGCUGAAGGUCAGAGGUCACCCAGAUCGGGGCCCGAGGAGAGCAGGAAGAGAGGGAGCGAGGAGGAGGAGGAGGAAGGGAAGGCGGUGAAGAAGAGGAAGACGUCUGAACCAGAGGAAAACGAGAAGACGGGCACUGAGGGGAACGGGGACGCGGCGGAUCAUUCACAAACGGGUAGCAACUCCAGGACCUCGGCGAGUCUCCCAGCAGGCGGUUCCAGAGAUCAGCCGCCGCCGGGGGCGUUUGGAGAAACUCUGGCCGCCGGCGGCGACCUCGCCCAGCCGUCACACUACCUCUACGUACCCAACAGCACAGGUCUGAACAGCCUCAACUUCCUGCUCUCCGCCAGCCAAUCACCAGCCGGCCUGGCGCUCCCUCCCAGCAGCGUUCCCGCUCUGGCGCUGCCCUACGUCCUGGUGCCCUCCGCCGCCCUCUCCCACUACCCGCUGUUGGCCGGCGGCCUGCAGCAGCAAGGCUCCGACGGCGGCCUGAGCUUCAGCCUGCCCGCCAUGAUGUCUCCCGCCCACUUUGUGGUGGGGGCGGCGCCCUACGGCCUGUCGGCGGCGUCAGAGAUCAGCAGGUCUCCGGUUCCCGCUCCGUCCACGCCAGAGCAGAGCAGACUGUAUGUGCCGGCGGCGGGCGCUCCGCGUUCCCCCUCGGGACCCCGGCAGGCGGUCAGCAUCGCCACAGCAGAACCACUGACGCCUCUUACUCCGAAAGACGCCUCGCUUCCUUCUUCCCAAGCCUUUUUCCAGACGCCGGGGACGCUGGGAGGUGUGGUCACCGCCGCCCCGCUCGCCCGAAAAAGAGGCUCCGCCCAGAGGAGGCUGGACAUCGGCCACCCGGCGAGCAGCUAAGCGUCCGGGGCUUUGGUGCGAGCCAUGUGAAUGUGAAAUAGUCAAAAACGGUGCAUGAGCU